AUGAAUCUCCGGUUCGGCGGCUCCACAUGGGGUCGUCAAUGGCCUCAAAUUCUACUAGCUUUGGCCUUACUUUUCAUAUCUAAUAAAGUAGCAUCGGUUUCAGGUGAUUUGUACAUGCACACACCAUCUACACCUCCAUAUGUGUACAACUCACCCCCACCACCGCCGGCAUAUUACUACAAGUCUCCACCACCACCAUCUCCAUCACCUCCACAGCCUUAUUACUACAAAUCGCCACCACCGCCAUCUCCAUCUCCUCCUCCUCUCUACUAUUAUAAGUCUCCACCACCACCAUCACCUUCACCGCCUCCACCAUAUUACUACAAGUCUCCACCGCCACCUUCCCCAUCUCCUCCACCACCAUAUUACUACAUAUCUCCACCACCACCUUCCCCAUCUCCUCCACCACCGUAUUACUACAAAUCUCCACCGCCACCUUUCCCAUCUCCUCCACCACCUUAUCAUUACAAAUCACCACCCCCACCAUCGCCAUCUCCACCACCACCUUACUUCUAUAAGUCACCACCACCACCAUCACCAUCUCCGCCACCACCUUAUUACUACAAAUCUCCACCGCCACCAUCUCCAUCUCCAGCACCAGCAUACUACUACAAAUCCCCACCACCUCCUUCUCCAUCGCCUCCACCAACAUACUACUACAAAUCUCCACCGCCACCAUCACCGUAUCCACCACCACCUUACUAUUACAAAUCUCCUCCUCCACCUUCACCAUCUCCACCACCACCUUCUCCGUCACCUCCUCCUCCGUACUACUACAAAUCUCCGCCUCCACCAUCACCAUCUCCACCACCGUCAUACUACUACAAGUCUCCUCCACCACCAUCACCAUCUCCUCCACCGCCUUACUACUACAAAUCUCCCCCACCACCAUCACUAUCUCCUCCACCUCCCUACUACUACAAAUCACCGCCACCACCUUCACCAUUGUCCCCACCACCUUACUAUUACAAAUCAGCACCAGCACCAAUGCCAAUUCCUCACCCUUAUGACCACUCACUGGUUUUGAAGGUGGUCGGAAAGGUGUACUGCUACAGAUGCUAUGAUUGGGGAUAUCCGAUCAAAUCCCAUGCCAAGAAACACCUACAAGGUGUGGUUGUGAAAAUUACAUGCAAGGCUGGCCAAAAGGAGAUGGUAGCCUAUGGGAAGACAAAGAUCAAUGGAAAAUACAGUAUUAUUAUUGAAGGUCAUGACUAUAAAAAAUGGGGAGCCAAAGGGUGCAAGGCAAUGCUUCACAUGCCUGCAAAGGGCUCUAUGUGCAACAUCCCUACUAACCUUCACAAUGGAAAGAAUGGAGCCAUGCUCAAAUUGAAAUCCAAGACCUAUGAAGAAGUUGUCCUCCAAGCCAAGGCCUUUGCCUAUGCACCCAAGUCCCCUUCAAAGGAGUGUGAAAAGCCCCACCCAAAACCACAUGUCUACCAAUACAAAUCCCCACCACCCCCAGCACCCAAAUACUACUACAAAUCGCCCCCACCUCCAUCCCGAACUUACUACUACAAGUCUCCCCCACCACCAUCGCCAUCUCCCCCACCAUACUACUACAAGUCCCCACCUCCACCAUCACUAUCUCCUCCUCCUCCAUACUACCACAAGUCGCCCCCACCACCAUCACCUUCCCCACCUCCUCCCUACUACUACAAGUCUCCACCGCCACCAUCACCUUCCCCACCAUCUCCCUACUACUACAAGUCUCCACAGCCACCAUCACCUUCCCCACCACCUCCCUACUACUACAAGUCACCACCGCUGCCAUCACCAUCUCCACCACCUCCUUACCACUACAAAUCACCGCCACCACCAUCCCCAUCUCCUCCUCCUCCCUACUACUAUAAGUCCCUACCUCCACCAUUCCCAUCUCCUCCUCCUCCUCCCUACUACUACAAAUCCCCACCACCACCAACAUUGUCUCCACCUCCUCCCUACUAUUUCAAGUCCCCACCACCUCCAUCUCCAUCUCCCCCGCUUCCCUACUACUACAAAUACCUACCACCACCAUCACCAUCUCCACCUCCUCCUUACUACUACAAGUCCCCGCCGCCUCCAUCUCCAUCUCCCCCGCCUCCCUACUACUACAAGUCUCCACCCCCUCCCUCACCUUGUCCACCACCUCUAUAUUACUAUAAGUCUCCACCCCCUCCAUCACCAUCUCCUCCACUCCCCUACUACUACAAAUCCCCUCCCCCACCAUCUCCAUCGCCUCCUCCCUACUACUACAAAUCCCCUCCCCCACCAUUGCCAUCACCUCCUCCUCCAUACUACUACAAAUCACCACCACCACCAUCGCCAUCUCCUCCACCUCCAUACUACUACAAAUCACCACCCCCACCAUCACCAUCUCCUCCACCUCCAUACUAUUACAAAUCACCACCCCCACCAUCACCAUCUCCUCCACCUCCAUACUACUACAAGUCUCCACCACCACCAUCUCCAUCCCCACCUCCUCCAUACAUCUAUACGUCCCCGCCACCUCCUACUCCCCCCCCCCCCCCUCCCUUUUUUUUUCUCUUGAACUUGUUUUUCUUCGUACUAAUGGGGCAUUUAUUUGUAAAGCUUUCUAGUGCUAUGUAUUUGAUCUCGCAGCAACACCAUGCAAGGCUAUGCAAUGUUACUUCAUGGGUGCAGCAUGAGCCGGCUGGGGAGGUGUCCGUCCCCUCUGAGGGUGCUGCUGUUACUGCCGCUACUGUGGCAGCCUAUAUUGUUGUCUCGGCUGCGACUAGGGCCUCUGCGAUGGAGGUAGCUGUGGUCGUUGCUAUUGAGGUGCUCUCGGCUGCUGCUGGUGGGGGUGGGGGCACUCAUGCCUACGGUGCCUUGAGAGUGACCCGAUCGACUCCUGCUCCGCUACUUGAGGCUCCCGCUUUGCCACCUGCGGCUCCCGUUCCACCCUCAGAGAUCCCUGCUCCACAGCCUGAGGAUGUCAUUCCUCCACCUGAGGCCGGAGCGGAUCCAACCGUACUUAUGAGUGCCUCUCAGUUACAACAGAUGUUGCAGUCUGUGACGACUAUGCUUCAGGGACAGGACAGGCGCCCAGUUGUUUCUCCAGCCCAGGCCAAGCAGGAGUUUGCGAGCGCCCUUCUUCGAGAGUUCAGACAGCUCGAUCCUCCGUAUUUCCAGGGUGAGCCGGAUCCAACUGCAACCGAGAGAUGGCGCUCCGAUGUCUAG